GGACAACAAGUAGCACGCAAUAAUACGGAAGUAACAAUUUCUUCAAAAUACUUUGUUUUGGUUUGCAUUGUAAAAGUCCUCAUAGAUCUACCUCUCCAAUGUUUUGUAAGUUAUUUGAUCUAGGGCGUCACGUCUAGAUCCAUAAGUUGUUUGAAGUAGCAAGCCAAUCUUUAGAGAGAUAAAGAUAUGCCUUCCAGGAAAUCGGAGAAGCCAACCGCUGUGCCUGCACUUGAUGCUUUGUUAGAUCUUCAGGAGUUGUUACCUGAACUUGAAGAUUUCGGGGCUUCCCAUGAUGAGUUGGAUCUUCUUAAUGAUGUGCUGGGAGCUGAACCUCAAUAUCAAGCACUUGCAGAAAUCUAUGACAUCCUGACAUUACAACUGCCAGAAUGUGAAAAUAAGAAAGGGGUGGACCUACUUCAUGAUGUGCAAGAUAUAGUGUCUGCCCAAGCUUCAUCUAACAGUGACGCAUCGGAGCUGAAGUUGCUUCUGUUGGAUCCUCACAUUAAAUCACUUCUAGAUGCCCACGAUAAAAUCGGCAAGAAGGCUUAUGAAACAGUUAUCUUGGAAGACCUAUCUCUGGCCGCCCCGCCUCCCCCAGUUUUUGAUGCCAUAGGGGAGCAGCACAGAUAUGUCACAAUCAGAAAGAAUGGAAAACAGCCUCUGGGUAUUACUGUCAGACUCGAUGAAGACAAUGUUCCCGUCAUUGCCAGAAUUUUGCAGGACAGUUUGGCUGAUAAACAAGGACUGCUGAGAGUUGGUGACAUUGUUAAAGAGGUGAAUGGAAUUCCUGUGUUCGUACCAGAAGACAUGAUGAUUGUUUUAAAAGAGGCGGAAAGUUCUAUCACAUUCAAGAUUGUGCCAUCAGCUCUUGACCAGUUGUUCUCAGACCCUGUCUACAUGAGAGCGUGUUUUAACUAUGACCCUAUGACUGACAGACUCAUACCCUGUAAGAAAGCUGGACUGCCCUUUCGAGAGGGAGACAUCUUGGAUGUAGUGGACAUGACAGAUGAAAACUGGUGGCAGGCCAAGCUUGCUGAGAUUCCCGGGGCUCCAGUUGGGCUUAUCCCAUCCAGAACAUUACAAGAAAAGAGGCAAGCUUACGUCCAGCCCGAACUGACCAAAACAAAAACAAGUUUACUAUGUGGAUUGAAAACCAAAAGAAAGAAGAAAAUUGGUUACAGUUCAUCCGAGACUACAGAGUUUGACAGGUGUGAUAUCAAGGUCUAUGAGGAAGUAACACGGUCGAACAGUCACCGGAGCACCCUAGUCUUGGUGGGGGCCCAGGGGGUGGGUAAACGUUCUUUGAAAGAAAGAUUAAUCAGGGACAAUCCUAACAAAUUUGGAACAGCAGUUCCUCACACCACUCGUCCCAAGAAACCUAAUGAGGUCGACGGUCAGGGCUACUACUUUAUUGACGGUGAGACAAUGGAGGCGGAAAUCAAGAAAAAUAUGUACAUUGACCACGGGGAGUUUGGCGGAUACUUGUAUGGCACGCGGCUGUCCACUAUCAAGGAAGUCAUCAGGAGCGGCAAGAUUUGCGUGCUGGACAUCUCGGCCAGGUCUCUAAAGUUCAUCCAGUCUCCGGAGUUUAAGCCUUACAUUAUCUUCAUUGCUGCACCGAGUGUGGAGGCCCUGAAGGUUAUGUACAACGAAGGGAAAAAGGUCAACAACAACACCAAGCCUACAGGAGGUCGCUCUGAACUUUUUCUGGAAGAAAAAUUUAUUGCAACUGUCAAAGAGAGUAAAGAAAUGGAGAAGACGUACAAAGGAUUGUUUGAUGAGGUCAUCGUCAACGACGACUUUGAGAACACCUACAACACUAUCUGUGACAUGAUGAUCCAAUUGGAGAAACAGAUGAAGUGGGUGCCCGUGGAGUGGAAUGACUAGCCAGUAAUUUAUGAGUUUAAUUUCUGUUGACUUGUAAUUUUGAUUGUUAAUUAUGUGGACCUUAGGUAAAGAAUUGUUUAAUUAAUGGCUUUGAUGUUGUGACUUGGACUUUAUAGUUUGAACGUGGGGAUGUUGAGCCAUUGAAACUUUCAGUCCAAUGGCCAUUCAACUUGCUGGACAGUCUGAAAUGUCAUGGUCAGUUUGUCAGGUGGUUUUUUGGCUCUUUGCCACUGAUAUUGUUGAUUGUGUCAUUUUUGAGGAGGGUCUGUUGUGUGUUGAGAUUUGGUCCUAGGGGCUGAAGUAGACUCACACAUUUUAUGACUGAAAUAGACAGACACAUUUUAUGACUGAAAUAGACAGACACAUUUUAUGACUGAAAUAGACGGACACAUUUUUAUGACUGAAAUAGACGGACACAUUUUAUGACUGAAAUAGACAGACACAUUUUAUGACUGAAAUAGACAGACUAAAAAGAAGACUUCGUAUUGUUAUUAUUCUUUUAUCAUGAACAUUCCUGGCAGACGCGGCUGUUACAGUUGCAUUAUAAAUAAAAAUAUAUAAGGCAGCUUUCUUCUUGUCCUAGGGCAAGGUUAUAAUUGCUUUUUAUUGUGUAACCUGUAACCUUUGUAUACCAUACUACCUUGACAGUAAAUGUUUUUCGUUUCAUGUGUUUGAGUUAGAAGAUAGAAGCGGGGUUUACAAAAUGUCAAGUUUUUACCGUUCCUUGAUUUUUUUCGUUGACCAAAUGUAAUGCUUUUAACAUUCCGUAAUACUUUGUUUAUAAAUCCGUCAUAUUCACCAUUGCCUUAUUAAUGUAUCAUUGAAGACACUCAUAAUGAAAGGGUAAUUUGUUGUCUGAAGAAUAUAUUUGAUCUACUCACAACCUACCUGGCAUGUUAGAUCUGAACAAGAGAGAGGAUAGAGUUGUGUCUGUGCCAGGUACUACAAAAGAUGUGAAAGAAUCUUUUCAUUAACUUUAUUAUAUUUAAUCAGUGUGUUUUCUUUUUUGUGUAUUGUGGAUGUCUGCGUUGGUCAGAGAUACAUCUGUGUUGGAAAAUGUUAUCUGAUGAAAUACCUAUAGACUCAAUGAUGUAUUCAAUAUUGUAAGAAUGUGCCAAAAGUUAUGUCAGCAGAGUUAUUAAAUAUGUUUAAUUGCCAGUUUGCAGGAGUCUUGAUGACUUUUGGCUAGUAAGUACUCUGUAUUGCAAUAAUUUGUUUUUUAAUUUUUUUGAUACAAAUUAAAACUACUUUUAUCUUUUUGACUACUUUGUACUGUAUGGGAUAUGUUAUGCUGCAUUCUGUUUGUAAGGUGUAACCUCAGGAUUAAGGAAGAUUAUUGUUGUAAACCUGAUUUUUUCCUUGCCACCUAUGGUGCGAUAGGCAGCAAAGAAUUUCCAGUAACCCUCCCUGACCUGGACGAACGUGUCACUUAGUCCAUGCCAGGUUUUUGCCUGUGGCCUUAACUUUUUCCAUUUCUCUGGCCAUCUUCUUUCAAGCAACCUCUUCUUCUUAUAAAGUUCAUUUCUGAAUCAUGUUUUAAAAUCUGCUUCCGGACACUUAAGGGAAUGGCACAAUUAUCAUAUUUUUAUUCUCACUAUCAUUCAGCGACGUAUUGAGCAUUCAGUUAAGUGUUGGAUGCACCAACUUCAUUCUAGGUGGUGGUUAGAAAUUAAAAAAUAAACAACACUUGCCUUCCUAGAUUUCCUGUUGGCAGCCUUGACAAGAAUGCACACUUACAUCACUUUGAAAUCAUAUUGUUUUGUCCACAAGAUGUUGUAAUGUAUACUAUUGAUCAUGACUAACAUUCCAAUGAAUUGUUUUAUACUCACAUUUUUAUUCUCUAGGAUCUUUACCAAUUUAAUUAUCUGCAUUUCUUGGAAUAUAUUUUGUUUUUUAUACCAUCUUACAUUUAGACUUCAUAUAUUUUUGAGUCAAUAAUAAAGUCACUAUGAUUGUA